AUGAAGAUAGAGAGGAAGACGAGUAGAGGACCAAAAGAGGGGCGGAGAGAAGAGACACAAGAAGAACAAGAAGGAGAGGAUGUUGGAGGAGGAGAAGACGAGGAACGACGAGGAGGAGGAAGGAGGAGACAAGACGAGACGAGACGAGACGAGGAAGAAGGAAGAGAGAAGAGGAGAGAGCAACCCAAUACAACAAUACACAAUACAGCUCGGAUACAGCUAGUAUCCCGCCGCUUUGGGCCUAGUGAGGCUUGUUCUACUCAGGGUCCAGACCUCGGGCCAGGCGCCCAUUGCGUCCGCUGA